AGCGUGUUGAAACCACGUGGAAAGGUGUUGUUUACAUAAAAAAGCGUGUCUCUUUCCACACCUUUCCAUUCUUGUCUCUCUAUCUAUCUUUCCCCUUUGAGCUUUUCCAGUGUCACCAAAUUCACUUAACAACGCACGGUACAAGAAUCUCCUCCUUGUUCUGUUCUCAUCCCUUUGUUUCUAGAAGACAUGGCCAUGGUUACUGCUUCUUCUAUUGUUGGUCUCCAUCCUAUGUUGGUUUCACCUCCUUUAUUCCACUGUUCUCCUCAACUACCACACCUUCACCUUCCAACUACUCAUUCUUCUCACCUUUUUGCAACAAGACCUCUGCUUCGCCCCCACAAGUGUUUUGUGACAAAAGACGACUUUUCCAUAAUCCAUAAUGGAGCUGAAGCAGAAGGAGAAGAAGAAGAAGAAUUGGAAGAGAAGAGUGAAACUAUCUUACAUUCCUUUUCUCCAUUGCCACUACUGUUUGCAGCUGCUCUUCUACCCGGAGCUGGAGCUGUGAGUUCUACAUUUGGGCCAUUUGUUCAGCUUGUCAAAUCAUGGAACCUUCCAGAUUGGCUUGUGCAUUGGGGUCACCCUGGCAACAUGGCAGUUGUGCUCUUUGCUAUGGGUGGCUAUGGUACCUAUCUUGGUUUUCGCAUUAAAUAUUCUGAUGAUGUGGAAGAAAAGGCUAAGGCCAAGGACUUGCAUCCAAAGCUUUUAGCUGGUAUGUUUUUCUUCUUUGCUCUUGGUGCUACCGGGGGAGUAACAUCUCUACUCACAUCAGAUAAACCCAUUUUUGAGAGUCCUCAUGCUGUUACAGGUGCUAUAGGCCUUACUUUUUCUUUCCCAUUUUUCAUUGAUUUUAGAAACAGCUUCCCUUGUUUUUACACUUUUCAGCACUUAUAUGUUUAAUUCAUUGAGUAAUUGCAGGGAAAUCCUGGACUAAGGAAUGUUCAUGGUAUCUUGGGAAGUGGCAUCAUGACUCUUUUUCUUAUUCAUGCUGCCCUUGGACUUCAAUUAGGCUUCAGUUAUUGAUUACAACUUCUUCCAACAUGUAUUGUUAUUUGAAGUUUUCCUUUUGGUGUACAUUCUUUUUGUAUUAUUAUUUUUUGGGGGGGCUAAGGUUUUCUCAAUUACAAUUGAGAAGAAUGACUAUCAGGAUUUUAUGUGCUCUUCUAUUAUAUGUUUGUGGAAAAUAAAACGGCACACAUAUAAUUUUUGCCCCUCAUUACUUAA